AUGUUUUAAAUAUCUAUCUGCAGAUCAGGCCCUUCGAUAGGAAGCCAUGCUUGGAUAUUGAUAGCCAUUUUUCACCUAGCCAUGGAUUUCAUUAUUUGUGAAUCAGGACCACCAAGUACUACAUACAGAUACCUACAAAGACCAUCACUAGAACAUAGGAUACAUCACACAGCAUUAUGGAAUCCAAAGGGGAGCCCAAAGCCAAGAAGUCGGAAAUAUUUUCAGAGUGUGUUUACAAACGUUGAACAUAUUAAAGACAAUGUGGACCAUAUCUUUUCUAGAAUGGUGCCAGUACUGGACUCUUCCAGAGCAAAUAGAGUACCUUCAAAACAUGAAGUAAGAGACACACUUAUGUUUUCUCAUUUAAAAAGGGAAAAAAGACAGGUCCAAAGGAGAAGUUGGAAUAUUAGACCAUUUUUAGACAGUGAAAGUCAGCCAACUACAGUAUCAGAAUUUAUUUUAUGGGGUCCAACAGGAGAUGAUGAGUAUGUGGAAUCCAGCACAAUCCCUGGGAUUUAUGAGACCACAAGAACCUCUACAACACAAGGAAGGACAACAUUGUUGGGAACUACUAUGUCCACUAUGACUUCCACAACAACACAGAGUAAAGAGAUGACUUCUCAAAAACCAGGGGUACAUAAGGCUAAAAAGCCCCCAGGGAGGAUUAGCACAACAGAACCUUUUCCGGGAAAUGGAAAAGCUGCAAGACCGAAGAUACCUAAUGACACCUCAGGUCUCGCAGUACACCAGAUAAUUACCAUCACUGUCUCCCUAAUCAUGGUCAUUGCAGCCUUGAUAACAACACUCGUUUUGAAAAAUUGCUGUGCGCAAAGUGGAAAUGCCAGGAGGAACAGCCACCAGCGAAAAAUUACUCAGCAAGAAGAGAGCUGCCAAAACCUGACAGACUUUACACCAGCUCGUGUGCCCAGCAACAUGGAUAUAUUCACUGCAUACAAUGAAACCUUGCAAUGUUCCCAUGAGUGUGUAAGAACUCCCUUACCUGUCUACACAGACGAGGCACUACACCAAACUGGGGCGUAUAAGACAACAUUCAAUGGCAAUAGACCUACUUCUUCUGAUCGGCAUCUAAUUCCUGUGGCCUUUGUGUCUGAGAAAUGGUUUGAAAUCUCCUGCUGA